CUUAAAUUUCCUCUUUCACCUUCCUUCUCUUUCCUCUGCCCUCCAAUCAACAACCCCAAUCCUCAGACCUCCCAAAAAAAUGACGACCAGAUUCAAGAAAAACCGCAAGAAGAGGGGCCACGUGAGCGCCGGCCACGGACGAAUCGGGAAACACCGGAAACACCCCGGAGGUCGCGGAAACGCCGGAGGCAUGCACCACCACCGGAUCCUCUUCGACAAGUACCACCCGGGGUAUUUUGGUAAAGUGGGUAUGAGGUAUUUCCACAAGCUCCGCAACAAGUUCUACUGCCCCAUAGUCAAUAUAGACAAGCUCUGGUCGAUGGUUCCGGAAGAUGUGAAAGAGAAGGCGGACAAAGACAAUGUUCCAUUGAUUGAUGUCACGCAGUUCGGUUACUUUAAGGUUUUGGGGAAAGGGGUUUUGCCGGAGAACAAGCCGGUCGUCGUCAAGGCGAAGCUGGUGUCGAAGACAGCUGAGAAGAAGAUUAAGGAGGCUGGUGGCGCGGUGGUUCUUACUGCUUAGGGGUAUUUUGAUAAUUUUCAUUUCCCUUAAUUGUGUUGGGACUUCUAGAUUAAAGAUUUUGAUAUAAUGUUGUUUUAAUCUUAGUUUGAUUUCUAUAUGAUAUUUUUCCAUGAUCUUAGAA